AUGGUGAGAAGAGCCAGAUCUAAUAGAGAUGAUGACACCAAGGUGCUGGACUCUAUUAAGUGGCUUCCCAAGUCUCCUAAACUGUAUGGUGGGCACAACUGGAGCUCCCAGGGCUCUCGCUGGUCCUCGUUGAAAGGAAAGGAAAGUUUUCACUGUGGAAACUUGUACAAAUUCAGCUCUGCUAAUGGAAAAUGGAGGGAAGGAAGGAUCAGCCCCGAGCAAGAAGCAGAGGAACUGGAGGAUCCUGAUGAUGAACCUAUUUCCAAGUUUUCUGGCAGUCUGUUUGAUACUGACGAGAGCAUGAGAGAUCAAAGAAACACCAGAACAGGUCUUCAAGAAAAGCACAAGUUGGCAAUGAAAGGGAAGACUCUUUCAGGGGCUAACAUUAAAGUGCAGCCACCCAUCUCAGCAGCAGGCAGCUUCCCCAGUGAGAGUGGACGCAUCCUGGAGGAAUCGAGGGCAGUUGAUGUGCCACAGCCCCCGCUGAAGGUAACCAUUACUGUGUGCAGUCAAAUGGGGAGUCUUGGUAUUAGCAUUGCUGGUGGAAAGGGCUCAUCUCCAUGUAAAGACAACGAUGAGGGGAUCGUGAUUGCACGGCUGCAGAAAGACGGUCCAACAGACUUGGCUGGGGUACAAGCAGGAGACAGAGUGGCAGAGGCAUCCGUCGUUUCAGAACCCAACACUAUUGAUGCUGGUCCCAUUGAAGCUUCAUCCAAGGGCAGUCCCUUCCCAACAGUAAACCACAUCAUAACAAUACCUCGAAUAAUCCUCACACGUCCUUCCACUUCUGAUGAAGAUAAUGACCAGUUGCCUCCAGACCCGGAUGACUUUGAGCCUGAGGAACCUGACAGCACAGAAGGCCAUGUUUAUUCAGACUGUCUGAACAGUGCUUUUUACCCUCCCUAAUAAAGUACUUCUCUGGAAGGAGUUCACAGGUGGUUUUCUUUCCUAUUGUUUGAUUACAUUUAAUGUAGUAGUUGAACCGCUAUGCCUUAUUUGUAGGGAAAACCAUUACACAGAAGAUGGAUUUGAGCUGGGGGAGCAGAACCCAUGUUUGUAUUUCUUUGCCUUGAACUUUCCUUUGACCAGAACCUGUGCACUUGAAACAAAAUGUGCUGGGUGAGGUUAUGUGAAUGUGACCACAUGUUUCAAUAGCCACUUGUAAAGGCAUCCAACAGAACCUAAAUACAAUGGUGAAAGAGCAUGUGAUUUUUAUUCAGAAGAUACUUUACCCAUUUGGAAACACACUGAAAACAAUUGUAUAGUUUGGGGGGUGUUUUUUAAAACUUGUGUCCAUGUUUUGUCUAUAUAGCUUACCCUUUUUCUAC